AUGUGGGUCGAUGAACCGAUCUACAGUGUGCCUUUCACAAUCACGCGGGCUGCAGACGAUCCGCAAACUAGACCAUGCAUCAUUCACUGGAAUCCGAUCGAGGACGGUUUUAGUCAGUCGUGUUCAAUGCUACUUUGCCAUGAGCCACAUGUCCUGAGACACAACGUGGCAGACCCUGAAAAGUUGCCCAGACAUCUCACCCCGCGAAAAGUGACCGCGUCCGAUCCUUACUUCAAGGAGCUUGUCCCUGGUAGUAACAUCUCCUGGAGCUCGUCUCUACCAGCUGUAUAUCUCGAAGAUGCCGGUCCAGCAGUCUCUUACUCAAUCCUCUAG